CUCCCGGCAGCUAGGAGCUGGGGUGUCUGGCUCCCCCGGGAACUCCAACAAAAACCAGCAUAAAUCGCGCGUGUCCACUUCACGCGGGUGUUUGGUGGGUGGUGACUGUGCCUGGCACCUGCGACGACAUUAGAGGGCCUUGGUGCAGAGAGGCUCAAGAGGCUUGGAGAACCUGUCUAGGAAGGCGCACAGAUUUCAUGUUACGUGAAUGGACUAUUAGUUCAUGCAGAAUUUCUCAUCUGGGAGCACUAUAACACUAAAAUCCUCUCUUGGAGUGCCUACUGUUGCAUUUGUCUUCUAGAGUUCACGUUUAUCAACCAAGAACCCGUGGAGAUGAGCAGCCGACGGAAACGUGCUCCCCCGGUGAGAGUGGAUGAAGAGAAGCAGCAGCAGCUUUGCUGGAACAUGCACGAGGACAGGAGAAACGAGCCUCUCGUCUUCACCGAUGAUGAGCAGCCCGACCCAGGGCCAGAUUCCUCCUCCGCUCAGUGGAUCAUCCCAGAUGAUAGUCUGACAGAAGCAGUAGCUCACAGUGCUAAAAGGUGGUGUCCAGAGGCAGUGAGCACCUCAAAAUCAGUCGAUAAACAGGACACUGCUAACAGUUUUUCUCCUUCAUCUGCAAAGCUGAGUAUUGUGAUUUCUCCCUGUCACUUUGAUAAUUUUUGGAAAGCAUUUCUAGGAGAAUUCACUCUUCAGCUUCUUCCUGAACAGAAUUUAGCUGAAAAUUUUUCUGAAAGGAGUUUCACACUGAUGAGUUCAGAGUCAAGCAGUCAGUUCCUGAUGUAUGUUCAUCCAGAAGACACAGAUGUAGAGAAACAAGAAAAAGGACUCAAGGAGCCAGUCAGUGUUUGUGACAAGGGUAUCCGAGUGGAAUCAUCCUUCAGUGGUGAGAUGUUAGAAGAUUUGGGGUGGCUGCAAAAGAAGAGAAGAAUAAGACUUUUCCAGAAACCAGAAGGAAAUGACAUUAUUAAGGUUGGAAUUUACCUUUUGGAAGAUGGCCUAGCGAAACUAGACUUUUUGAGUGAUGCAAGUUCAAGAAUGAAGAAGUUCAACCAACUCAUGAAGAGAGUGAUGGAGAAGUUAUAUAAUAUUAUUAUUCCAGAUGCGCUGGAAGAGGAUGAGGAAGAUUCAGAUAGUGAGCCAGAGGGGCAGGACAUUGAUGAGCUCUACCACUUUGUGAAGCAAACGCACCAGCAGGAAACACAGUCCGUCCAAGCUGACGUCCAGCACCCUGCGUUGAUUCCCGUGUUGCGACCUUACCAAAGAGAGGCUGUCAACUGGAUGCUGCAACAAGAGCAUUUCAGAAGCGCUCCCGCUGGUGAAAGCGGCCUGCACUUCCUCUGGCGAGAGAUCAUUACAUCUGAGGGUUUGAAACUCUACUAUAAUCCAUACACAGGCUGCAUUAUCCGUGAGUACCCAAAUGCUGGGCCACAGUUGUUUGGUGGAAUCUUGGCAGAUGAGAUGGGUCUUGGAAAGACAGUGGAGGUGUUGGCUCUGAUCCUGACACACACUCGACAAGACGUCAAACAAGAUGCUCUGACUGUUCCUGAGGGAAAAGUGGUGAAUUAUUUCAUUCCAUCACAUUCUGGAGGACAAGUAAAAAACACAGACACUCAAAAUAUGGAUAUUGAACCAAAAGGAAAAGUUCAGUGCCCCCCUACACGUGUGAUGAUCCUGACCGCUGUGAAAGAAAUGAAUGGAAAGAAAGGCGUCUCCAUCCUUUCCAUCUAUAAGUAUGUCAGUUCUAUGUAUGGAUACGAUGUUCAGCGGAACAGGAGUCUUCUGAAGCGGAUGCUGAAGUGUUUGAUUUUUGAAGGUCUUGUGAAACAGAUCAAAGGCCAUGGUUUCUCUGGGACUUUUACACUGGGGAAGAAUUACAAGGAAGAGGAUAUACACGAUAAAACAAAAAAGCAGGCAGUAUGGAGUCCAAGGAAAAUCCAGAAAGAACCCAGGAAGUCAGUGGGCAAGGACACGGACUCUGAGUACUUGCCGUCCAACACCUCUGAUGAUGAUGAUGACCCCUACUAUUACUACGACAAGCCCAGGAGACAUCGUAGUAAGGUGAAGAAAAAGCUUGUUUCAUCCACAAAGAAGGGGAAAGGUCCGCCCGGCAUGGAUCUCAGUUCACAAGACCGUGGUCCAGCUACCAGUGACUCUGGAAUUACUGAUGUUACCAAAAGCACAUGUGACCUUGAAGUCCAGCAAGAACGUGCAACAGAGGACCAAGCUGAACCUCUCAACCCUGCAGGCGGUGACGCAGCACAUUCUAAUGUCAUGAGUGUCUAUAAUUCGUCUGAUUAUCGCUUUGAGUGUAUAUGUGGUGAACUUGACCACGUGGACCGUAAGCCUCGUGUCCAGUGCCUGAACUGUCACCUGUGGCAACACGCAGAGUGUGUGAAUUAUGAAGAGAAGAACUUGAAGAUUAAGCCUUUCUACUGCCCCCACUGCCUGGUUGCAAUGGAGCCGGUGUCGACAAGAGCAACUCUGAUCAUCUCGCCCAGUUCCAUCUGCCAUCAGUGGGUGGACGAGGUCAACAGGCACGUGAGGUCCUCAUCCCUUCGAGUCUUGGUAUAUCAAGGAGUGAAGAAAGAUGGCUUUUUACAGCCUCAUUUUUUGGCAGAACAGGAUAUAGUUAUCAUCACCUACGAUGUCCUUCGGUCAGAGCUCAAUUACGUGGAUAUCCCGCACAGCAACAGUGAGGACGGGCGUCGCUUACGGAACCAGAAGCGCUACAUGGCCAUCCCCAGCCCCCUGGUAGCUGUGGAGUGGUGGAGGAUCUGCCUCGACGAAGCUCAGAUGGUUGAGUGUCCUGCUGUAAAGGCUGCAGAAAUGGCUCAGCGCUUGAGCGGGAUCAAUCGCUGGUGCAUCAGCGGCACUCCGGUACAGAGAGGACUGGAGGAUCUUUUUGGAUUAGUGGUCUUUCUUGGUGUUGAACCUUUCUGUGUUAGACACUGGUGGGUUCGACUUCUGUAUCGCCCUUACUGCAAGAAGAAGCCUCAGGCCCUCUACAGUUUCAUUGCCAAGAUUCUGUGGAGGUCUGCGAAGAAAGAUGUGAUUGACCAAAUUCAGAUACCUCCUCAGACAGAAGAAACCCACUGGCUCCACUUUUCUCCAGUGGAGAGACAUUUCUAUCACCGGCAGCAUGAGGUGUGCUGCCAGGACGCGGUCAUCAAACUCAGGAAGAUUUCCGACUGGGCCCUGAAGCUCAGUAGCCUGGACAGAAGGACUGUCACCUCCAUCCUGUACCCGCUGCUGAGGCUCAGACAGGCCUGCUGCCACCCACAGGCCGUUCGUGGGGAGUUCCUGCCACUCCAGAAGAGCACCAUGACGAUGGAAGAGCUUCUCACGUCCCUGCAGAAGAAAUGUGCGACCGAGUGUGAGGAGGCGCAUCGGCAACUAGUCUGUGCUCUCAAUGGCCUGGCGGGCAUCCACAUCAUUAAAGGCGAGUACGCUCUGGCCGCAGAACUGUACCGAGAAGUGCUGCGUUCGUCCGAGGAGCACAAAGGGAAGCUCAAGACCGACUCGCUCCAAAGACUUCACGCUACUCAUAAUUUGAUGGAACUGUUGGUAGCCAAGCACCCAGGGAUACCUCCUACCUUGCGAGACGGCAGACUUGAGGAAGAGGCCCGGCAGCUGCGGGAGCACUACAUGAGCAAGUGCAACACGGAGGUCACCGAAGCGCAGCAGGCCCUGCAGCCCGCGCAGCAGACCAUCCGCGAGCUCCAGAGAAAGAUUCAUUCUAAUUCUCCUUGGUGGCUAAACGUGAUCCACAGAGCAAUAGAAUUUUCUAUUGAUGAGGAGCUUGUUCAACGCGUACGAAAUGAAAUAACCAGCAACUACAAGCAACAAACCAGCAAACUUUCUAUGGCAGAGAUGUUCCGUGAUUGCAGAGGUCUUCAGUUCUUACUGACAACACAAAUGGAAGAACUAACGAAAUUCCAGAAGCUGGUAAGAGAGGCUGUGAAGAACCUGGAGCCACCUCCCUCUCGGAGUGUCAUCGAGUCCGCAACACUCUGCCACCUCCGCCCGGCCAGGCUUCCUCUCAACUGCUGUGUCUUUUGUAAGGCUGAUGAGUUGUUCACGGAGUACGAGUCGAAGCUGUUUUCCCACACAGUCAAAGGCCAGACUGCGAUCUUUGAGGAGAUGAUAGAAGAUGAAGAAGGACUGGUGGAUGACCGAAUACCCACCACCAGCAGGGGUCUGUGGGCGAUAAGUGAGACAGAGCGAUCUAUGAAAGCUCUGCUGUCAUUUGCAAAAUCACAUAGAUUUGAUGCUCCAUUCAUUGAGGAAGGAAGUACUUCAAUGGAUCUCUUUGAAGCUUGGAAGAAGGAAUAUAAGUUGCUUCAUGAAUAUUGGAUGGCUCUCAGGAAUCGCGUGUCUGCUAUUGACGAACUGGCCAUGGCUACAGAGCGUCUAAGAGUUCGGGACCCUAGGGAGCCAAAGCCCAGUCCCCCCGUUCUUCACAUCAUUGAGCCACAUGAGGUGGAGCAAAAUCGAAUAAAGCUACUAAAUGAUAAAGCUGUUGCUACAUCACAGCUUCAGAAAAAACUUGGGCAGCUUCUUUACCUAACAAACUUGGAAAAGUCUCAAGACAAAACGUCAGGAGGCAUUAAUCCGGAGCCAUGUCCAAUCUGUGCCCGGCAGCUGGGAAAACAGUGGGCGGUCCUGACCUGCGGACACUGCUUCUGUAAUGAAUGCACUUCUAUUAUCAUCGAGCAGUACAGCGUGGGGUCUCACAGAAGCUCCAUCAAGUGUGCCAUCUGCCGCCAGACGACCUCUCACAAAGAAAUCUCGUACGUCUUCACCUCCGAGAAAGCCAGCCAGGAAGAGGACAUCCCUGUGAAGGGCAGCCAUUCUACAAAAGUGGAGGCUGUGGUCAGGACCCUGAUGAGGAUCCAGCGUCGAGACCCAGGGGCCAAGGCGCUCGUCUUUUCUACGUGGCAGGACGUCCUGGACAUCAUUUCCAAAGCCCUUACCGACAACAACAUGGACUUCGCCCAGAUCAGCCGAGUGAAGACGUUUCAGGAGAACCUUUCAGCAUUUAAACAUGAUCCCCAAAUCAAUAUUUUGCUGCUGCCCCUGCACACAGGUUCUAACGGAUUAACUAUCAUUGAAGCUACUCACGUUCUCUUGGUGGAGCCCAUACUGAACCCUGCCCAUGAGCUUCAGGCCAUUGGAAGGGUGCACCGGAUCGGCCAGACAAAACCCACCAUUGUACACAGAUUCCUAAUUAAAGCGACGAUAGAAGAAAGAAUGCAGGCGAUGCUGAAAACUGCCGAGAGGAGUCACACGAACUCGUCGGCGAAGCAUUCGGAGGCCUCCGCCUUGACCGUGGCUGACCUGGCAGACCUGUUUACCAAAGAAACGGAAGACCUUGAAUGAAGUGCACUUGAUUCAGUCCGCAGACUUUAACGUAUCUGAGAGCUUUCAUAGCUUGUAGAGUGAAGUUAUAAGUAUCCAGCAGAUGUCAGUACACACUGUUCUUAGUGAAUGAAUUUCUCUCUUUUUCAGUGCUAUAGUGCUCUAGUAGUUAUCGGACCCUUUUCAAUAUACUGUUUCCAGAAGAUCUAUAAAGAUUUUUAAUUUUUCACUCCUAAUAAAACAUUUAUUUUUGUUCUAAAGAAUAUCUAUAUCUGAGGGAAUUAAGACAGGUAGUAUGUACUUUUCUUUCCAUGCACUCAGUCUUACAGAGAGAUGAUUAAGAGAAAGUAAACUAGCCUAGUUUUGUAUGACCCCGGUUCUGCAACCAACGUGAAUCUCAUUUUUGGAAGGGCCUUCAGUAUCUUUAGCACAUAAUCCAGCAAUAUCUUGUUAGUGAUGUUUUAAGUAGAUGAUGAAUUACACUCACUCCUAGUUACUUAAGUAGGUCCAGACUAUAACUCCAUACAUAGUAACAUUAUAGUUAACACCAUUCCAACAAUAAGUUAGUAUUAGGCCAUUAUUUCUUUUUUUUCUGUAUCUUGUGUGAAAAAUCAAAAUACUCGGCAUUUUUCCCAUUUCUGUUACAUGUUAAUUAGUGUGAGGAUAAACAGUUAACUUUAAAUGGGGUUUUUAAGUGUAUUGAUUACCUUGAAAUUAUCUGACCUGCUUUCUCUACUUUUACUUUUUAUUGUUAAGUUUUUACAUGUUUUAAGAUUGAGGUAUUGUAAAUAUUGCAGUUUUUAUAACUUUAGUCCUUGUCAUUAUGACAUGGGAACGUGGCAGGCUUUUAAAAAAUCAUUAUGAUAUUGAUGUCCUUCAGUCUUUUCCUUUCCCGUGUUCUGUGUAACUAGACUUUAACCACCAAUACCCAAAUUUACGGUCGGGUUUGUUAUUUUAUGCCACUAGUACUUAUGUCAAUGACUAGUAUUUUAUCUUUGAGGCAAGAGAAUGUCAUAUUUACAUAAGCAAAUAAUUGCAAGUGCUAAUUACUUAGUGUUUCUUCUUCUGUGAAGAAUUAAUGGACUUUGAAAUUGGUAACUGAGGAGUAGUAGCUUAUAUCCUAGUCCUUUGAUGUAAUACAGAUGUUCGUUCUUGUUUUGUUUUCUGUGAGCCUUCAAAGUUCGAAAUGACCCUCAGGACUCAUUAGCUUCUGCUCAGCUACCCUGAAAACUGUAACAGAAAUCUCCCCUGGAUCACAUGUGUCCGAGAGGCUCCGGUGCUUAGUUCAGGUGCAUUUUCUUCGAGGUGUGACAUAAACAGCUGGAGAGAACACACACACACUUUUGGUGCUUAUUCUUCAGUCCAGAGAGAUAUGCAUUGAUUCUUUUGUAUGAAAUGAAACCAUUAUUUUUAUAGCUCUUUACAUAUUAUAAAGAGCUUUCCUGUACAUUCGCGUGUUUAAUUUGCCCGAGAGCCCCGGGAAGUUGGUAUAAUUCAUACCUGUCCUGUUUCGAAGGUGGAGAACCGAGGUUCAGAAAUGGCGAGAAGCGUGUGUGUGACACACGCAGGUGAGAACGUGGAGCGCAGUCCCCAGCGCGGACUCUGAGCUCGUGCUGUUUCUCUCACGCUCGUCCUUGUUGCUGAGACUCAGAAAGCCCGCGGCGUUAUGGUUUAACAAUGGGCAUAUUUUAGUUCUUGUUUCCUAGUGUAUCUUUUGAGCUACAGUUAUAGGGGAAGCACUUUGAUAUGCUUCAAUUUUGUAAAAAACUAUAUACACAUAUAAAUACACCUGUCUGUAUUAAGGGGAAAACAGCUCUUAUUUAUUUCUGUAAGAUGUCAUCAAUUAAAUAAAUAUUUUAGUGGAAGUUGAAAUUUGGGGAUUUAUUUAAAUUCUGAGCUGUAGAACAUGCAGUGUGGGGUUUUUUGGGGGGCUGGUUUUUUGUUUGUUUUGAUCUGAACAAAAGAUGUCACAAUUGUUUGUACUACAGAAUCCCCUAUUUUACAGACAUUUGUUACUUCUUUAAAAUAGUUGUGACAGUUUUUCCAAAUAAUUGUUCAAAACAAAUACAGAUCUAACCGAAGAAGACGUGGGUCUUCUCAGCUGCAAACAAAGGACUGUUCCCUUCUUCCAUCAUUUCAUAUUCUCUGAAGUAGCACUUUGCUUAUAAACCGUUUUUCUUAACUGGGUGCUGUGCUAAUAAUGAAACGUGAGAAAUAAUGAGAUAGUUCCAAUCCUUAAGAGAGCUUAAAUGUGUUUGGACGUAGGGAAGCAUUUUCCGUUGAGUCAGUUGAUCUUAUAAUACUGAAAAGACAUUUACAUAUAAUGAAAAUACAUGUACCUAACUCCAUAAUCUUUUGCUUCAACCCUGAUAGUAUCCCUGCAGUUUUAUUGCAGCUCCAGCUUUUCCCUUUCUGUUCUUGGCAGAAUGAUCCAUGCAUUUGCUUUCAGCUAUUGGUCCCUUUCCUAUCACAUUAAUAACAACAGACCAAAAAUACUCUUGGCAUGAUAAUUUACCAUGCAAACCACCAAUACUUUACAAGUAAUUAUUAAGCCUAACAGUACUUACCAAAAUGUUUAGGGACUGAAUUUAGCAAUGCAAAAUUAAUCAUCACCUUGGACAAAGGAAGAAAUGAUGUCUCUGAAAUCGUCCCCUGCUCUCACUUACUGGUUCUCCCAAGACUGAGCUUGUGAGAGUUCUUGAUGUUUAUUAAACUCAAAGGAUCAUCUUCAAGAAAUGCAAAAUCACCUAUCCUAAAUGACCUCAGAUUUAAUUAAAUUGAAUGAAAUGUUAUCUUUCUGUUUUUCCAGAAUUUAAACAAAAUCCCACAGUAAUAUGCCAUUUCAUGACUCUUAACUGGCAUGCCAAUAUAAAAAUGAAAUGUCGUUAAAACAGUAUAGUACAAGCCACGCAUUUUAAGCCUGGCUACUCUGGUAAAGGAUAGCUCAUCUUCAGUAGUGUUUCUUCAGAGUAGGGUGGAUGAACUCUACAUUGUGUAAAAUUUACGAGGGUCUCCAUGUGCUUCUGCUGCAUCGCACAGAGUGUGAACCGCUUGCAGGCCUUCCUUUUAGAGCAGCGGCUCUCAGCCUUGUCUAUCUCACGGCACAGAAAUGAGCUACUCAAAUUCUGCAGCACACCAAAAAUACAUCUUUUGCUGAUCUGACAAAAGAUAGGUGUAAUUUUGAUUCGUUUACACCAGAUGACUUUGUUGUAUUCGCUGUUGUCAUUUUUUUAUUUGACACCCUAGGGGAAAAGAGGUCAGUGCCCCUGACUAAAUAGUUAGGUGUUGCACGUUUUAAAGUUUCUUGCAGCCACCAGUUGAAAAUCGCUGCUUUAGAGAGCAGAUCCUGUGAGUGACUGAUAACCCCAAAGGGAAUUCGGCUCUCACAGUAGGUCUGCGGUGUUAAUAGGGUUGUUACCCAUCCAGAAGUUCACGUACCCAACACUUCAAAAAGGCCAAUAUUCAACAUACCAGAAUUUGGAGUAAGGAAAGGUUUAUUGGUCAAAAAAUUCCCUGAUCGAGAAGAUGGGGGUCUCAGAGGUUCCUCAAAUCUAUCUUUAGCAAGCACAGAGUUCAGGCUUCCUUUAAAUCCAGGGAAAGAAAAAUAGAAGAGGCUGUUUUUGUAAAAACUCAAGUCCAAAGCUGAAUUCCUAUAAUGAUUAUCAAGUGUAAAGCAAGAGCUGUUAGCCCAGAGGCCAUGGCAAGCACUCAGGCCCCAGCAAGAUGGCAUCAGAGACACUGAGCAAUUCACUCUGUCUCCAAGUUAUACAACGGGAAGAGUCACAGACAGCAAAUGCGGCAGCACGAGACCUUGGCAGGGACCAAAGUCACCAUCUCCAGCCUUCCCGUGCCUUCAUCAGUGUUCCGGAGGCCACCUCUGUGUCUCGUCUUUGGAGGUCCCACGCCAUCUGUUGUAUCCUAUUGUGUUAUUUCAGAUUAGUGACUCUCAAGACUGAUUUUGUUCAUUGCAACUGAAUUUGUUUAUUGAAACCAAACUUUUUGUACUGCAGCUUAUGCAUCUUUUCCUUGCAAAAUAGAAAUAAAUUUUAACCUUCA